AUGCUCACAAACAUCCUCGCCCGCCUCGCCCGCCCCUUCACAACCGCCUCCCGCCUCUCCAUCGCCCCCGAAUCCCCCUCAGGCACCUCAUCAUCAACCUCUUCUUCAUCGUCCGCCGACAUCCCCGAGGGCGCCGAGCGCUGCACCCUCGCCGCGGGCUGCUACUGGGGCACCGAGCACCUCUACCGCAAGCACUUCACCGGCAAGGGCCUCAUUGACGCCAAGGUCGGCUUCAUCGGCGGCGACCUCGAGAACCCCUCGUACCGCGCAGUCUGCGGCGGAAAGACAGGCCACGCCGAGGCCGCGGAAAUCAUCUUCGACCCCACCCAGGUCUCCUACCGCCAGCUCCUCGAAUUCUUCUACCGCAUGCACGACCCCACGACGCUCAACAAGCAGGGUCCCGACACCGGCCCGCAGUACCGCUCCGGCAUCUACUUCCACUCCCCCGAGCAGGAGCGCGUCGCGCGCGAGGUCACCGAAAAGGUCAACAGCCAGUGGUGGGGCGGCAAGGUCGUCACCGAGAUCGUGCCCGCCGGCAAGUGGUGGACCGCCGAGGAGUACCAUCAGCUGUACCUGGAGAGGAACCCGGACGGGUACGAGUGCCCGAGCCAUUACCUGAGGUCGUUUAAGGACUUGGAGUGA